GCCAGCCGCCGCGUCGCGCUGCGCGCCGCCCUGCGGGCGCCCCCCGCGCCGUGGUGGGCCACCCCCUCCCUGGCGCGGGCGGCCGACGCCGAGGCCCCCUCCGCCUGGCAGCGGCGGCUGCUGCAGCUGGCGGCGCAGCGGGUGGCCGCUGGGGAGAUGCACGAGGAGGCGGCUGGGCUGGUGCGGGCGGUUGGGUGCCACGUGCUGCGCUACGGGCGCUCCGCGUGA